UGUGUGUGUGUGUCCGCAUUAUCAGCCUAGUAACUUGAUCAGCCAACUGCCCUCCUCAUUACUGGAAGUGGGUGUUCGAGGCGAGGUGUCUUGACACUGAGUAUUUUCCAGGUGUUGACUCUGGCGAAGAAAAACAUGAGACUAAAGAUAUUUACCUUCGCGUUCGUCGCUCUUCUCUGUCUCUUGAAGGUAGACGGAAGACCUGAAGCGAUCGAGGAAGUAGUCGGCAGCAUUAGAAGCAGCUUCGGCGCCCUCAGCUCUAAGAGGGACCAGUGGUUCCAGAACUACUCGCACAUGAGGAAACUGGCAGACACCGAUCAGGAAAAACCUGACCGAACUUCUGUUAGUGAGCAAGCUCGCCGUUCCGAUGAUUUGGUAUCUGUACACUUCCGAAGUUGCGAGCCAAAAGAAAAGACUCGAGAAACUCGUGAACGAGGAGCUGGCUCGAUCACUCCCUUACCGUAGAUCAUUUUCUUUGGAGUAUCCCUUCUUCCACAUGGAGAUGACGCUUCAACUGCUGGAAGAGAGCGAUUUUCAGAUUGAGCUGCUUCGUGAUGAGUCUACGAUGAUUUUUCUCCUUAGGAUUGAUUACGAUGACAGGCGCAUUGUCUUCAGCGAUCAGAAUGGAGGAGAAACCGUAGAAAGAUUCGUCAUGGCAGAUGAUGAUUUUCCUGCCUUGGUGCCUGGGAUGGAUUUCAGAGUUAAUAUCCAGGUGGCAGACGACUGCAUAUUCGUCUCUUUCUGGGUUGGUGACCUUAGCUUGGAUACUCCAAUGGCUUUGCCUGCAAAAUAUCAUGGUGCUCAAAGUGUAAUUCCCAACACUGAUAACUACCAGGAUAAACAUCUUUUCAAGAACUACUCAACAACAAUUAACAAACAAACAAAUUACAGCAGUAACAAUCCAAAAUAG